GAAGUCUGUGCCUUUAGCACUACCAAAGUGGUUCUACCUUUCGGCCUAUCACCUGGAGACAUGAGGAAAGAGAAACGAUUCCUGGAUUGCAGUUUGACCAAAAAUGCCCAGGAAAAGAAAUAAUGCAGGAGAGCCUGGAAAUCUAGCUGGCCUGAGCAAUCAUGUUGUCUUACUCAUCCUACAUGCUUAUAGCAGCAGCUGCUUUGGUAGUGACUUGCAAUGCACUGCCUAAAUAUCCAGGAAUCCUUGGGCUGCCUAGUAUCCCUGGGCUGCCUGGCAGGGACAAUCUGAAAGGACAGACACGUCUAUCAGGUCUCAGAGGAGCCUCUGGAAGCCUGGUGCGGCCUCCUGUAAAACAACUUACUUGUCCACAAGGUCUACCCAAUUCUCUGAACACUGAACUCCACAAAGUUUUAGUAAAUUUGAAACACCGACUUUCCAGACUUAAAGCCGUGCUUGUUUUGAACGGGAAUAUAAGAGAAGUAGGAGAAAAAAUACUUGCCACCAAUGGGAAAAAAGUUGAUUUUGCAUCUGCAUUAGCAUCCUGUGAAGAGGCUAGAGGAACUCUUGCAACACCUAUGAAUGAAGAGGAGAAUAAAGCUAUUUUGGGUAUUGUGAAAAAGUAUAACCAAUAUGCUUACCUGGGCAUUAAAGAGGGUGAGGAUUCAGGUCAAUUUAAGUAUCUAAAUGGCAUGCACGUGAAUUAUACCAAGUGGCACCAAAAUGAGCCUAACGGCAAAAGGACAGAAAAAUGUGUAGAGAUGUACACAGAUGGGAGCUGGAAUGACAAAAGAUGCAAUCUACCUCGCCUCACAAUCUGUGAAUUUUAAAGAAUGACCUUUCAGCCACCUCAGAGAACCAAGACAAUGAAAUAUCCUGUGUUUCAGGUUUAUGCAGUUUCUGAAAUUAUUCAAUGUCAGAAAAUCUAAAAUUAAUCAUAUUAUGGUAAUUUUUAUCCUUAAGAAAACAUUAAAUGUGGUAUGUGAUUAACAUAAUUAAAAUGUAUCUAAUCUGA